UUAAUCAUGUUGAAAAUAUAUCAUGCUUACAUUUUCUUUAUAAAAUAGUGCCUAUUUGGGGAGCAGCAAUUUUCUAAGUGCAUGCAUUCAACUUUUGCAACCAGUUCAUUACUGACAGCAACGGUAUGUAUUCACGUAUUUAUGAAUAUGGCUGCUGAUAUUAAGUAGGUAUAUUUUAAGUUGAGUAUUUUAAUUUUGUUACAAAAUUAACAUUUGGUUAAUUUACAUCACAAGAUCUCAGAUAAAUAGUUAUAACGUUUGUUACUCUGCAAAUGCGUGCAAAUCAUGAGUGUAGUUUAUCUAAAUAUUCUAUAAAAAAAUCCACAAUAUAAAUUUAGGACACAUCAUAAAAGACAAAAGUCUUAAUAAUACAAAUAAAGAAGGCAGUUAGGAGACAUAAUAGGUGCCAAAAUAUUUAAGAAAAAAACCCAGUCGUCAAUAAAAUCAUGGACCAAGACCCUCAACCAGAAAGAGAAUAACUACCGCCGGCAUUAAAAAAAAAAAAAUCUCAAUCUAUAUGUUGAAUCUCUUAUCUUAUCUAUGGCGAAAUUUUAAUUUUGCCCCCCUUCCAUAGAUACACUUUCGGAAAUAUUUUUUUUUUAAAAAAAUUGUUUCUUUCCAUAUAUAUGUACAUCUACUGAACGUGUUUAAACAGAGUGUUCCGUACGUCAUGUAUGGGAGAAAUUUAUAUAUUGAUCAGGAUGUCUGGGAGAAAUUUGUAGAGUCUCGCACCACUCCUAGCUUCUUGGCUAACAUCAAAAAAGGAAAGGAUAAUUGAUCUAUAAAUAUCUAUCCAUAUAGAUUGUAUCGUAGAGGAUAUGAAAAACUUGAAAAGAAGAUGAUUGAAGAAAAAAGAAAACAAAGGGAACUAGAUUUGAGAGAAUCAAUAAGCCUUGAUCUCAUUCCAUCUCCACCAUCAUGUCAUAUGCUAGAGGCGAGUUCACAUCAUAUGAUAGACGUGAAUUGGAUGAAAAUAUUGAUGUACUGGCUAAACAAUCCAAGGGCAUCUUCUUUUCACAAGAUCAUCGUGACUUCUUGAUAGAAACGAUUGGAACCGAAGAUAAUCAUCGGCGUGUCUAUGGUCUUGGAAGAGGUGUUGGCUUCAAGUUAUAUUUUGGAUCAUCUCAAUCAUCUAUAGAAGUAAAUCGUAAGAGAGAGAUUGAAGAGAUAAUUAUUGUUGACUUGGGGGAGGGAGGGGAUAAGUGGAUUCACGAGGAACUUCGAAAUGUGCAGAUGGAGGAGUGAUAAAGGAUGUUAGAGGAGGAAAGGUUGUUGUAGAAUGUGCGGUAGAGUUUCCAGAAGGAUCAAGAUCCGCGAGAGAGGUUGGAUGAGGAGGAUCAAAAGAAGUUGAAUAAGGAGGAGCUUGAGAAGAUGUCCGAAAAGUGUACCCACGAUGUGCUUGAUUAUUGUUUGCGUAUUUUGAUUUUUGUAUUGCAUUUCUGUUAUUUUAAUUAUGCAGAAAUUGAAUUCAUUGGGUCUACUCAACCACACAAAUUCAAAUCAGUUGGAAAUUCAUGAGAAUGUAGUUGAGAAGUUAUGGAUGGUACAAGCACAAAAGAAAUUUAUUCUUCCAACCAAUGCAGUAUUGAAACCACACCACCACUAUAGAUAACACUAAGAGACUAUAAAUGAUAUUAAAUAGUAUUCCAGACAUCUUCCAGAAUAUUAAAUCAAGUCAUGAUCCAGAUAAGUUUUACGUACUUACUAAGACUUCUAUUAUGAAAUUUUUGAAGGGGGUGAGUGGCUAGACAAUACCAUAUUAUAAUUGUGGUGCUAGUAAGUAUAAUUUUUAUGUUGAUUUCUAUCUAUAUUCAUAUGUUCUCGUACUUUAACAUAAAUAUUUAACUCUUGCAAGUUAUUGCAUGAGAUGUGUGUUGAAAGGAAUUUAAAAAAGUAUUGUUUCUUAGAUCCAACACACAUUAGUCUUCA